UAGCCUCGCAGAAUUAUGCCAAGCCCCUGUUCCGUGGAGAGUGCGAGACGUUACUCUAGUGAGGGUCGCUCUAUCCGGAAACUGAACUUUGAACUCCCCGCGCACGCCUGGGUCCUCGCACAGAAGCAGCUGAGGGACACACCAGGCUCACGCUGCGCACAAAGAACGCUCUGCUGCAUCAGAAACCGAAGGUCCUGCUGCGUGUGCGCAACCAAUGAAACGUCCCGACUGUCAAUCAACCCCCAGGAGGCGGGCCCACCGGAGCACCGCCGGAAGUGGGUGUGGCCACUGUACGCAAGCGCGCGUGACGUUACAGGCGCGUCCGUCGCCGCCGUGGGUCUGCUGUUGCCUUUUGACGCCCUCCGGUGGCGGCGCUUGGUGUCCGUUGCCCAGGCCGGAGCGGUCGGAGCUCUCGCGAGCCGGGAGAUGGACUCGGUGGCCUUUGAGGAUGUGUCAGUGGACUUCAGCCAGGAGGAGUGGGCUCUGCUGGACCCUGUACAGAAGCAGCUCUACAGAGACGUGAUGCAGGAGACCCUGAGGAACCUGGCCUGUGUAGGGAGCAGAUGGGAAGACCAGAACAUUAAAGAGGAGCCCAAAAUCCAGGGGAGAAACCUAAGAAGUUAUUUAAUUCGGAGACUCUGCAAAAAUAAAGAAGGUGGUCAGUAUGGAGAUCACUUCAGCCAGAUUUCAGAUUCCAGUGGAACCAAGAAAACUACUGGAGAAAAACCAUACAAGUGUAGUGUUUGUGGGAAGGGCUUCAUGCUUCAUUCAUCUCUUAUUAGGCACAUUAAAGCCCACCCCGGACAUGAACUUGAUGGGUUUCGAUAUGGAGAGAAGCCAUAUAAAUGCAAGGAAUGUGGGAACACCUUCAGUUACCUCAAAUCCUUCCAAAGACAUGAAAGGAAUCACACUGGAGAAAACCCCUAUAAGUGUAAACAGUGUGGAAAAACCUUCGUGUACUACCAGCCCUUUCAAACACACAAACUCACACACAGUGGAGAAAAGCCAUACCAAUGUAAGCAUUGUGGGAAAGCUCUGAGUUCUCCUAGUUCUCUGCGAAUUCAUGAAAGAAUUCACACUGGAGAGAAGCCCUAUGCAUGUAAGAAAUGUGGGAAAGCUUUCAGCUGUCCCAGUUCUAUUCAAAUCCAUGAGAGAACCCACACUGGAGAGAAGCCUUAUAGAUGUGAGGAAUGUGGGAAAGCCUUCGUUUCCCGAACAAGUGUCCAGACACAUAUGAUAACCCACAAUGGAGACAGACCUUAUAAAUGUAAGGAGUGUGGGAAGGCAUUCAUCCGUCCCAGUUUUUUACGUGUACAUGAACGAAUCCAUACUGGAGAGAAACCCUAUGAAUGUAAAGAGUGUGGGAAAGCCUUCAGAUGUUCCACUUCCAUUCAGAUUCAUGAAAGAACUCACACCGGAGAGAAACCAUAUAAAUGUAAGGAAUGUGGGAAGGCCUUCAGUGCUCGCCCUGCUUUCCGAGUACAUGUGAGAGUACACACAGGAGAGAAACCCUAUAAAUGCAAAGAAUGUGGGAAAGCCUUCAGUCGCCUCAGUUACUGUCGGGUGCAUGAAAGGACGCAUACUGGAGAAAGACCCUAUGAAUGUAAAAAGUGCAGGAAAACUUUCAACUACCCUCUGGAUUUGCAAAUACAUGAACGAAAUCAUACUGGAGAAAAACCUUAUGAGUGUAAGGAAUGUACAAAAGCCUUCAUUUCUCUUGAGAACUUUCGAAGACACAUGAUAACACACACUGGAGAAGGGCCUUAUAAGUGCAGGGAGUGUGGAAAGGCAUUUAUUUUCCUCAGUGCAUUGCAAACCCAUGAAAGAACUCAUACCGGAGAGAAACCGUACGAAUGUAAACAGUGUGGGAAAGCCUUCAGUUGUUCUAGUUAUGUCCAGAUACACGAAAGAACUCAUACUGGAAAGAAACCCUAUGAAUGUAAGGAAUGUGGAAAGGCCUUCAUUUACCCCACAAGCUUUCGAGGACACAUGCGAAUGCACACAGGAGAGAAACCCUACAAGUGUAAACAGUGCGGGAAAGCCUUUAGUCUUUGCAGCUCUUUCCAAAGACAUGAGAGAACUCACAGUGAAGAGAAACAUUUUGAAUGCAAGCAGUGUGGGAAAGGCUUUACUCUGUCCACAUCCUUAAAUAAACACGUGAAGUUGCACAGUAGAUAGAAACCCAAUGAGUGACAAUGAGGGAACAUUCUCAAUUCAACAAACAGGUUUUCAGUCAUGGCUUCCCGCUGUGGAAAAAUCCUAUAAAUAUAGGUAAUAUAGGACUCUAGAUACAAAGUAAUUCAUGUAUGUCUUAGUUUUUCAUUGCUAUAACAAAAUACCCCACACCCACAAGUUAAAAAGAAAGGUUUGUUUUUGCUCCACAAUUUAAGCGGUUUCAGUCCAUAGUUGGCUCCAUGGCAGGCAGGCAGGAAGUACAAAGCCUUCCUUUCUGUCCCUUUGUGUUCCAGGCCAGGAGCUGAUUGAUGAGUGCCUCCCACACUCGGGAUGGGUCCCCCUUCAGUUAACUCAGUCAGCCAAACCCAGAGUUAUGGUAAUCCGAUGAGGGGACAAAUGCAUCCUUAGUCUAUACUCAUACACCCUAGGCCCAGCCACCCCUGAAAAGCCUCCCCUACAAGCGAGAGGACAUGAGGCUUUCAAGAGACAGCUACAACAAUAUAUGAUGAGCCACUAAAUGAUAGGGAUUGAAACUAAGUUGUUUGCUCUGCCACUGAACUGCACCCCCCGUUCAGUGUUGGACUGUGUACUUAGUGUGCACAAGUCCCUGAUUUUAUCUCUAACACAGCAAAAGAGAAUGAUAGUAGUGGCACAUGCUUGUGAUCCCAACAGUCAGGAGGCUGAGGCAGGAGAAUUGCUACAAUGUGAAGACCAACAUAGGCCCCAUAGUGAGUUUAAGGCCAACCUGAACUACAAAACAGACCAUGUGCCAAAAAAUAACAGAAGACACUUAGUACUGUGUUGUGUGCUUGUAAUCCCAGCAUUCAGGAGACUGAGGCAGGAGGAUUGCCGUGAGUUCAAGGCCAACCUGAGCUACAUAGUGAGACUUAAAAAAAUUAACAAAAGAAAAGCAGGUGUUACAGAGUGACUGCCCUCCCCAGCUCCUCCCCAAUUUGGUGUGGAGCAAAUUGCUUCCUUUCAUCAAUUAGUUCUGUUUCCUGUGACUGCUAAAUGCUCUCCCUCAGCACCUUCCCAUGUGUGCUCAAAAACAAUGUAUUGUGAAGCAAAAGCUUCUGUAAAUAUUUAUUACAAAUGUUGUAUCAACCAUUUUCAGACAAUUUGUACAUUAAUAUUGCCAUCUCCACUUCCUGAGGUGAUAUUAAAAUAUAUCAUGCCACAUAUGAGUACUCAGACCAGCUUUCUUUGUGAAGUCGAUCUUACAUUCUAGCCCAUCCCUAGUGGAUGCAUAGUUUCGGGUAUUUUCCUCGGGCAUGUUUCAUCAUCAUACUUAACAAAUUUUGUCAUGAAACUAAUCUUGCAUUCAUUCAUGCUUAAAACUAAAUAUUUAAGUUGUAGUUCAGUCCCCGCCCUAUAACCUAAGAUAGCCAAGGUCACACAACUUAUUUUUUUCUGUAAAGUAAAAGCAAUAGAGGCUAAUUUCAUAAGUAGUGCCAAACUACCCAGGGAGCAGGCCCACUCUGUAAUCCGAGCACGCAGGAGGCUGAAACAGGAGGAUCACAAAUCCAAGUACCAAAUGAUCAAUUUAGACCUUGUCUUAAAACUUUUUUUUAAACGGGCUGUAGCUCCUCACAAAGACACAGGGUUGAAUACCUAGAGCUACAGGACAAAAAAAAAAAAAAAAAUUCAAAUUAAAAGAUGGAAAUUUGGGCUUUGUUCUUUUGUACAUUUAUCCUUGUUUCUGUCUUGAUCCAUGCUAGCUGCCAGGAAGCUCUGCCUGGUGAGAGAGGUAUGUGACAUUUGCACUUGGCAUUAUUUUGGUACCAUACACGAUGAAUAGAAGUACAUUGAACAUUGGAGUUCCAUUUAGGGAAGGGUUAUGAUAAUCUAGAGUUUAGCCCAUUAUGAACUUUUCUGGGGAAGUGUGUGAUUCUGAGGAUUGAACCUAGGACAUUUGCACUGAGAUACACCCCUUGUAUCUAAGGUAAAGUUGUACAACCUGGGCUCAAACUUGUGACUCCCUUGACUCUACAGAGGGUAUCCUGUUUUAAUGAAAAACAUAGUACUCCAUUCGUGGAAUCCAUGAACAGAAUAUUUGUUGUCUUUGAGAUAAAGGUCUUGCUUUUAUCCACGCUGGCCUCAAACUCCUAGGCUCAAGCAGGUAUCCUCAGCCUCCUGAGUGGCCGAGGCUCCAGACAUGCAUACCAUACCUGAUUAAAUCUGCGCUUUAACAAAUAUGGUACUGUAAGGGCACAUCUAUAGAAUAACAGACUUAAGAUGUGUUAGGGCAAAUUUAAACCCAAAUAGUGGCCUCUGCCUGUGCUCCUGCUGCCAUCAGGUAAGCACCUUGCUAAAUUCAGUCAGCCUGAACUGUCUGAGUCCAGCUACUGUUCUCCUGAUAAUGCACUGGACCAACCUGGUUACCCCCAGCAGAAAAUACUAUUUCCAACUUGCUUCAAGGACUUUGUCUAGGAAAAGUCACCCAGUCAAGCACACCCGCAUCCUUGCUUGCACCCCUCGCCCCCGGGACGUUCAUACAUUAUGGUAAGCAGUUCUUUUUACAUAAGUCUGUUUAGAAUUCAUUUUCCUGAUGGUACAUGACUUAAUUCAAUUCAUGCAACAGUUGUAUAAUAACCUGCCAUUUACCAGGGAUUUAGCUCAGAGGCAUAAGCACCUGCCUUGCAAGUACAUGGUCAUGAGUUCUAUCCCCAGUACAAAAAAUUAAAAAAAAAAAAAAAAAAAAAAA